AUGCGAGAGGAAGCGCCGGUGUACGAUCAUAGGGCUGCAUCAUGGCAAAGUGAGUUUGCAGAGGACAGAUCGUUUGAUCCACCCUAUCGACCUUCAAUGGCAACAUUUGAUUACUACAGUUCAGAAAGGAGAUCUGCCGAUCAUGGAGUUCCAUCACAGUUUUCAAGUAAGAACGAAGCACUGCGCUCAUCAGCAAGGACGGUUGCAUCUCCGUUCACUGAUGAAAUCCUAAACGCUCCAAAUCCGAAGAAGUUUUCCAUGCCGAUCUUCAUUCUGUUUGAUGGAAUAACCAACCCGAUCGACCACAUCGACCACAUUCAGUUGAAAAUGGCUUUGAAUACUAACAAUGAUCCUUUGAUGUACAAAUGCUUUCCUACAAGUUUGGCUGGGCCAGCCCUCAAUUGGUUUAAGAAUCUGGCUCAAGGCUCAAUUGCUAGUUUCCAGGACUUGUGUGACAAGUUCAUAAGCCAGUACUAUGGGAAUAAACGCCCAGCCAAGGAUGUUUCAAGCCUUUUUACAAUGAAGCAGCACGAAGAUGAACGACUCCAAGCUUUCCUCACCCGGUUUAACCUUGUCAAAAGCAUGGUAAUGGAAUGUCAUCCGUUUACAGCGGUCCAAGCGUUUAAACUUGCAAUGAACCGAGGGACACCGUUCCACACAAGCCUAGUGGUGAAUACGCCGAAGACCAUGGACGAGCUGAACGAGAGAGUUGAUGGUUUUGUGCGUUUGGAAGAAGAAGAGGCAGCUAAUGCAAGGAAGACAUCAAUUAUUUCAACAGAAGAGAAGUCCAAAGCCAAGAUUUGGCAAAAACAAGCUCAGCCACAACGCUAG